CGCAGCGGGGCCGGGACCGCUCACACCGGCGGGGACGGCGACGUCGGUGGGGCCAUGAAGGUGAAGAAGAGCGGUGGGGCCGGGGGGGCGGCGGCGGCGGCAGCGCGUACCGAGGAGGAGCUGGGCCGCAAGACGCUCAUCGGGCCCGACGAUGUGCUGGGGCUGCAGCGGGUCACCAGCGAUUAUUUGUGCACUCCAGAGGAAAAUGUUUACAAGAUAGACUUCACCAGGUUCAAAAUCCGGGACAUGGAAUCUGGCACAGUCCUGUUUGAAAUCACCAAACCAGCAGCUUCAGACGACUGUGACGGAGCUUUACUUUGCGCUUUUCCAGAACGCGAACACAAUGACAAGAAGGACAUUGACCCCAAUGCCGGACGGUUUGUACGCUAUCAGUUUACCCCAGCUUUUCUUAGACUUCGGCAAGUGGGAGCCACGGUGGAAUUCACAGUAGGGGACAAACCCAUUAAUAACUUCCGCAUGAUUGAGAGGCACUACUUCCGGGAUCAAUUGCUUAAGAGUUUUGAUUUUGAAUUUGGGUUCUGCAUCCCCAGCAGUAAAAAUACGUGUGAGCACAUCUAUGAAUUCCCACAGCUCUCUGAGGAUCUCAUUCGAGAGAUGAUCCUUCAUCCAUAUGAGACACAGUCGGACAGUUUCUACUUUGUAGACAACAAGCUCGUGAUGCACAACAAGGCAGAUUAUUCAUACAGUGGAGGACCUUGAGCACAGGACGGACAGCCAACCUGCACUGGCCUUCCCUUUCCUAUCGAAGUUGUCAGGGAUACCAACACCUUCAGUUCCAUUGCCUACAAUGUCAACCGGACAAGGAUCCACAAACCAAGGACUCUUUGCCACAGUAGGAGUUUCAUGACUAGAUUUGCCAGUCUUGUCUUUUUUGAGCUUUGAAGCAGACCCAAUUCUUCAGAACUUUAAGUGGUUCUACAAUGGUAAAUGAUCUUUGGAUACCACUUCCCUAAGUUCUUUAAGUGUCUGCUUUGGAAAUGGCCUUGUGGGACCUGGGGGAUUUUGCCCUAAUUCUGUGGAUUUGUGUUCUUGCCCUCAAGUAUCUUUUAGGACGUGAUUGCUUUCUCAAAGAAUGUAAUCUGAGAAACCACGUGAGUGGAUGGAUGCAAAUGCAGAGUUUUGUUUAUUUGUUUCUCUUUGUGAAUGUUCAAAGGCAUGGCCAAUUUAACUUGUACAUCCAGUUGAAAAUGUCGAGCAUAAUAUCUUACAAAAGCAAGUUUCAUCUUUAGAUUAGUUCUCUAAAGAAGUAUUUCAUCCUUUAGUUUUGUUCCUUCUAUGUAAUAUUCUGUUUAAUCUUGGAAACACUGAAACUCACAAUGAAGAGCAGCAGUUUAGUGACAGAGCUGUUUUUAAUUCAGUACUGUCCUUUUACAUUUCAGAUGAAGGCAAAAUAGCAUUGAGGGGCUAUGAACCUCCAUAAGCAUUUUCCAUUAAUUUCAGUUUUUGCAAACUGAUCGCAGAAUAAUCAGGAGAAAUUGAAGGAUUUUAGCUUUAUUUGGCAUUUUUACAUAGCUAACAUUCAGCCUAUUCAUGCUAUACAUUUUCCAUGUCUAUUUUGUUUCAUCUCUGCUCAGUACUAAGAUAAGGGCUUCAGCACUGCUUGUUAGAGCAACGCUUUCGUUUGUCUAGGGCACUUGGAGAGUGUGGAAUUUCCAAUUCUCCAUUGUAUCUGAAUUUGAAGAAUGUUAUGACAGUGUUUUCCCUUUGUUAAAAAUGUUUUGCAUCGGAUAUUAAUACAGGUGAAACAGUAAGCCUAAUAACAUAGGACUUUAAGGCACAGCAAAAAUUUAGCAAGAGGUCUCUCUUCAGACUCUAUAAGAAGUUUAAGGCCAAUUUUGCCCAAGUUUCUAAGCAUGUGCUUAGAAAGAUAGAAGUGCAAAGAAGUAGCAACAUCAAGGGAGUAAACUAGUAUAUGCAAAACAAGACCUGAGAAGGCUGUGUGGGGUAGCCUGUUGUCAUGAAACCCUUACUCUAAAGGUCACUUCACUGACACUUUAAAAAAAUAAAAGGCAGUUGCAGUUUGUAGAUAUUUCUAUAAAUACUUGAUGUCUCCAUGUCUAAUUCUGUGAGUUUAAGUGGAACAUUAUAUGUUAGCCUCAGAUAGGUGUGAUUGUAAUAAUUUUUAUAAAAUACCAUUUCCAGUCGUGAUUAGCAUCUUUCUAGUCACAGCCUAAGUCAAACAGAACUACAAAUGGUUCCAAAUGUAGCCAUCUGCCUAAGAACAGGGAGGUUUUUUGUGCUCUUAUUGGGGUUGUGAUCACUAUUAAAUGUGUUACCAUUUGUAUUUGGCUUGGCUUUCUUUACUUCUGAAAGAGAUUCAAUUUUCUAAAGAAAAUGCAGUGAGUUUAGGCUACAGCACAGAAUUUUUGUACUAAGAUUGAUAGCUAAGGAAGUAUGUAAAGUUCAUUGAUUUUACAGAACUAGUAUCUUGUAGUAAUUAUCACAAUGAGACUUGUAUUUAUCACUAUUUUUUGUCUCUAGUGUAUUAAAUCAUAUAAUUAGCCUACGGCUGACUUAUCUGUUUGAGAGUUACAAAGAAUUUCCUCAUUAUUUGUACAAUGCUUGGAGCUACUGAUCAUCAAGUUUUAUAGCACAAUAAUUACUAAAGGUGAAAGGUGAAAAUAGUUUCAAAAAGUCUAGGGUCGUGUCCCCCCCCCCCUUUUUUUUUUUGCAUCAGGGCUGUUAAACUAUCUAUAUAUUCAAUGACAUUUUGCAAGUUUAAGUUUUUAUUAAUUUUGUUCCAACUCUUGGAGAAGAAAAUAUACCCAUUUGAAGACAGAAGAGAGUAUGUGUGUUUAUAAGUAGUACCUUAUCAGGGGUUUUUUUUGGUAUCUUUCAACUCUCACCUGCUGUUCAUAAUAAUCCCUUCUGUGCAUAAGAUUUUUAAAAAAGACUUCUAGCAAUGGUGCUUGCCUAGAAUUGCCAGUUGUACAUUUCAGACAGAAAUAUACAUUUUGGUAUAUUUUGGUGAGAGCAGUUGUUGUACUUUGGUGCAUACUCUUGGGUUAUGGUACUGAGUAUCCUCUCUGUAUAGCAUAUCACUGUCAGCUGAUCUGAAAUAGUCCUGUUCUGCUCCUUUUUUAUGCUACCUCCUUUUAGGACUUUGGACUUCAAAACCAAAAGUAAUUCCAUAAAAAUAUUACUGUAAUCAACGAAAACUUGAGUGGUAGAUGUGCCCCUUUAAAAAAGAACCUAGAGGAAGUUACCUUGUUCCCAAUAGUGUAGUAUGUUGUCGAAUGGACUUUAUGACACUCUGCAUUUUGUGGUAGGUUUGACGUUAAACAUAAGAGGAUGAACUAUCCGCUACUGAUCUCCUGAAUUCUGCUAACUGUUCUGAUAAUUCAGAUUCUAUGGGUAAUAACUUCAGGCUAACAGAAAAUUUAGUGUGAAUCAUACAGGAGAUAUUUUAUUGAGUGAAUUUGUUGUGUUCUAUUAUUAGGAAUACUUUAAAGCAGAAACAAAUAUUGGACAUAUUCAAUAAAAUAAAUUUCAACUUUUUUUAGAUUUAGUGUUUCAGUUUGAGGAAUUUUACUUUUUUUUUAAAAGCCCCCACAGUUGGCUACAAAUAACAAGUUCUGAUUCUUAAACCAAGGCAAAUAACAAAACUUUCUGUGGGAAGUGUAAUGAAGGUGCUUUUUUCUGUAUCCCACUGCAGCAGUUAUCACUGUUAUCUCCCUGUUUCACUUCAAACAGGUUGUUUGCAUUUCUUUAAGGUCAUCUACAUCCACAAUGUUUAGAAACAUGUGGGAAUCACUGUCCAAGGGAGAGGUUCCAUUCCUUUUCUACCCGUUUAUGCAGCAGUAUAAUGUGUAGUGUUGACAUCAGACAUUAUAUUGUUGCACAUAAACAGCACUAGAAGAGUGUACCUUCAAAAACUUUUGCAGUACAGUUGCUGUUCUAAUCCCACUUCUGUCCUUGUUUUGCAUUAAAACUACAUACAAAAUUUAAUGUUAAAGACCACGCUUUGUACAGCACUGAACAACUUCAGCUUUCAUCUGAAAGGGAGCCAAGAGCUUUCAGGUCAGUUGUAAAAUAAAACCACGUUUUUUUCCCUUAAACUGGCAGCUGAUUCUUAUUAUAAGCCAGUUGAAAGUCAAAUCUUAACAGCAUUGUUCACAGAAUUUGUUAGUCUCCUUGACUAGUUACUAUUUUGUAUUUUAAUAUUAAUCAUUAUUGGGUUUACUUGGGAAGUUCAUCUACAAAAUCACCAAAUAUUGGCUCUGGAAAAAAGAAUUAUUGUAUUUUUUCUUUAGUUUAAUUUUAAAAAUUAUUUUAAUUAGCACUACAGCUCUGUUUUAAUAAGCCAGUCUGGAAAUUCGGGAUCUGACUUUUUGAAAGUGAAAGAAAACAUCUAAGAGCUAACCAAGAUUAUCUGCUAGUAAUGACUAGCUGUUUCCUGUCAUAAGACAGGAUUAUAUGUGUACUUUACAGAGUGAAUUAAUCUUGGAAAAAGAAACUAAGUCUCUGUGACUGCUAACAGUGACAUAAUUUUUCUGAGAGACAAGGAAAUUAUAACUCAACACAUUCUUUCACUUUAUCAGUCUUGGAUUCCUCUAAACUUCAGUUUUUUUAAAGAAAAGCAACAGUAAUACAUUUGUGGUUAACUGCCAUGCUGCGUGGUCUAAUAAUUCACAGACUUUAGUGGCAGCAAGAGAACAAUUUAUUUUUAAAAUUAACACACCAAGUAUAAGUAUGGUUUAAAUUGUAGGAACUUUGUUCUCAGAUCAGUGACAAAAGCCAAAAUUUUUUCUGUGAAUGUAUCCUUUAUGUGGUGACAUUUAUGAAAUAACUGAAUAAUCCACUCUCCCUGACUCAUAAGAAUUUCUUUUUUUAAAUUUUUAAAUGUAGAAAGUCUCCUCAUAGUCUCUCUCUAUGUGUUGUUUUUGAGCAGGUCAGUAAGAUAGCUCUAUUUACCACCUCUGUCCUCCAUUUGAGUUUCACUUCAAAAACGUGUGUAGAGUGUUAAAGCAGUGGCUGUGUGUGUGUGUGUGAAACAUUGCAGGUUACCAAGUUCCAAAUUCCUUCAUUUUGAGCAAACAGACUAUAAAAGUAUAUGGAGAAAUAGUGCUACAUGUUGACCCAUAAAAACUAAAUUCCAAUCUUCAAGACAAAAAUUAAAGGGAACUCUUUAAUCAUGUAAAGAUUAUUUGGGGGCUAUUUAAGGUAAGGAAAUGCUAACAUCCAGUUCUCAUACUUAAUAAGUAUUAUAAAAGUGUUCUAUUAAUUAUUCAUAACCUGAAAAAAUAUGGUUAACAGCUCAAUUUUAAUUAGAGCUGGUUAGGAAUGAAACUAUAGAGAUUAUUACUAUCCUUUAUGGGGGGGGCAAGGGAGGGUGACUAGAACUGUAUGUAUUGCACAAAAGCUAGACAGGUUUACAUGCAUUGACCCUAGUGGUAAAAGUUAUCUUUGGGAAAAAAUGAGGGAGAGGGACAAGGACAGGAAAACAGUGAAUUUCAGCUAAUUGGAACCAAGAGCUUUAAGGCCAUGGUAAGUGUAAAUGCUUUUUCUCUUGAGCUUGAGAUAGCUGGUAGCUUCUGUUAGCAGUUCUUUUCUAUACCCCCAGCAUAAGCACUACCUAAGUUUAUACAAAUGUUUCAAUAUUAAUCAGAUCUUAAAUAUCAUUGACAGUUCAUAUAAUUUUCUAAACAUGGAAAUAUAUUUGGAGACUGUGAUACUCUAGGCCUCAAGCUGCAGCUCAGUUGCUUUCUAAAUCACAGGACAGUCUGACUAAGCGGGUGAAAUUGUGUGUUUGUGUAUCUGUUCACAAGCUGUAGUUAACUGCCUCCCUAGAAUCACUGUGUUAAUGCCUACUGUGAUGUCCGCUUGUAUCUUAAUGCUACACUGAGAAAACCUGUUUGAAUGUGACAUUGACUUUUUUGCAUAGAAUCAGAAUUGUCUGUAUUAAAAUGUAUUUAUAAAAAAUAUAUAUUUUUUGUGGAAGGAAAGUAGGAUUCUAGUUAAUAUACCAUUGGGAAAAUGUUAGAAACAUUUUUACCAAGUUCAUUUAUAAUUCUUUGUAUCUUGUUAGUUACCUGAUUUGUUUCCUAUAAGAACAUCCACUGUGGCCCGUUUAGUGGCAAUGCAAUGCACUGUCAUGCAGAGAAUCUGGUUUUCAAAAAACUGGGAGUCUUUUGUUUCCUUUUGGGACAGUAGGAAAUGGAGUAGGUUGCCAGGAGGAAAAGGAACCUUGGCACCGAAUCCACUUCUGUGGCUUUGGCUUCAGUAACUAGUCUGUUUGACUUGUUUGCAGAUAAGUAGCGAGAGCAAAGAUUGAGACUUCAGGAUAAAGAAAAUUAGAUGUUACAAUUUAGUCUUCCUGUAGGAGAAGGAGAGUACUAAAAUUAAUUUAUACAAGGAUUAAAUAGGGAGUACACUUGCUUAAAAUUAUUUAAUAUUGGCAGCUUAGUCAUAAGUGUGCAUACUAGGGAAUAUGCUUAACUUUUUCCAUUACCUUGGAAAAUGGUUAAAAAACAUGUCACUUUCAUUAGCAAGUGUUUCUUCUCCUGUAACAAACUGCAAAAUGUAAUAAAACUAAAUAAAUUAUUGAUCCUAGAAAUAA